CACCUAAAAAUAUUCCUUUCUUUAAGAACUGCAGUCUGAAAUAGACUUCAAGCCAAGGGUAAAGAAGUGUUGAGCAGAAAACAAUGAUUGGCAUCAAGGAUUUGUACUGUGUUCUGACUGCAGUUGUACCUCUUUAUGUCACCAUGUUCUUGGCUUAUGGUUCAGUGAAAUGGUGGAACAUAUUCACCCCGGAACAGUGUGCCGGUAUCAACAGGUUUGUUGCGAUCUUCGCUGUUCCACUCCUUUCCUUCGAGUUUGUUUCAAGGAUCAAUCCUUACAAAAUGGACCUCCUUUUCCUUGCUGCUGAUGGAGUUUCAAAAGUCCUGAUAUUGUUGGCUUUGCUUUGUUGGGCCAAUUUCACAAAGAAAGGCAGCCUGGAUUGGUCUAUCACACUUUUCUCACUUUCCACUCUCCCAAACACUCUUGUGAUGGGUAUUCCCCUGCUAAAGUCCAUGUAUGGGGAUGACAAGGAAUACCUAAUGAUUCAAGUUGUAGUGUUGCAAUGCAUAAUCUGGUACACUCUAUUACUGUUUUUGUUUGAAUAUAGAGAAACAAGAACUGCAGUCAUGAGCACGUUAAAGGAAAGCAGUACUAUUAGUCACCUUGAGAAAGAGGAGGAGAAUUCUAAGAACUGUUGCAGUGAAGAUGAAGCCAUUAAUUUUAUUGCCACAACACCAUCUAGUCAACAGACGGCUCAAAACGUAAACAAGAUUGCACCGGAUCAAUCUCAGAGGUUCAAGCCAGUGGAAGCAGUGGAGGGAGAGGGUAAAGAGUUCCAUUUAUUCAUCUGGAGAUGUGGAUGUUUCAUUUCUACAGAUGGGACUAGUACUUGUGAGCAGCAGUCAGUGCAUGCUAAUCAAAGAGAAAGAAGCAGUACAGGAAAGGCUGUUGCAAGUGAAAUGCAAGAGGAUGUGGAAAAUGCUAGCAUGCCCUCUUCUUUUUCUUCAUCAAUGCUCCUCAAAAUACUGAGAAAAGUCUGGUUCAAACUUGUGAGGAACCCUAACUCUUACUCAAGUUUGCUGGGUCUAAGCUGGGCUUUAGUCUCUUGCAGAUGGGAUAUACAGAAGCCCCAAAUAAUGGAAAAUUCAGUCACUAUUUUGUCAAGUGCAGGUCUUGGAAUGGCAAUGUUUAGCCUUGGAUUAUUCAUGGCUUUGCAACCAAGGAUCAUCGCCUGUGGGAACAAGCUGGCUUUGUAUGGGAUGGUUGCUAGGUUUAUCACAGGACCAGCACUAAUGGCGAUAGCAUCCAUUGCAGUUGGGCUCAAAGGCAGUACCUUCAAAUUGUCUAUUGUCCAAGCAGCAUUGCCUCAAGGAAUUGUCCCUUUCGUUUUUGCUAGGGAGUAUAAUUUGCAUCCUGAUGUAUUGAGCACAGCGGUGAUAUUUGGAAUGAUAGUUUCUCUGCCCAUAACAAUAAUAUAUUACAUUUUAUUGGGUAUUUGAGGAGUCAAAUUGGAAGGAUGAAAGCAAAAAAA